CCACUCUGCGCUUUCCUGAAUUCCCACCGUACGCCUGCUAAGUUUUUCAAAAGGAGAACAGAACAGACACAGGGGUGUUUGGGGUGAAGAGCUGGAAGGUCCGUGGCCUGCCGGGAGCCCUGACAUCUGGAAGCUUCCAGCGUUCCCACACCCUCCUCGCCGCCCUCCUGCAAGGCAGCUGAUGUAUUUCAAACAGGAAGCUCCUUGCAGAUAACACUGCAGCCUCCAGCCUGAUUUGCUGGGCAGCCUGACAGCCCAGGCCCCGCUCGCCCGGCCCGUGGGGCUCAGCGGCCUCUGUAAAUAGCAGCCAUGAGGCUCCCGGGCGCACUGUCCUCGUGGGUCCCCGCCGGUCAGGACGCCCCCUUCGCGUAGCGUGCGCUGCAGGAGUCAGCGUCCGCACGCCCUCGUGAUGAGGAGGGAUCUGGUUCUACUCGGCCUGGCCUUCCUGGGGCUGCUCCCGCCCGGCCACCCUCAGCAGACGGCGGAAGAUGCCUGCUCCCUGCACAUCCUCGUCCCGGGCCUCAAAGGGGAUGCCGGAGAGAAGGGAGACAAAGGUGCGCCAGGACGCCCCGGAAGAGUCGGCCCCACGGGAGAGAAAGGAGACAUGGGUGACAAAGGACAGAAGGGCAGUGUGGGUCGCCAUGGAAAAAUUGGUCCCAUUGGUUCUAAAGGUGAAAAAGGAGAUUCUGGUGACAUAGGGCCCCCUGGCCCUAACGGAGAACCAGGCAUCCCGUGCGAGUGCAGCCAGCUGAGAAAGGCCAUCGGGGAGAUGGAUAACCAGGUCAGCCAGCUGACCGCGGAGCUGAAAUUCAUUAAAAAUGCUGUGGCCGGCGUGCGCGAGACCGACAGCAAGGUGUACCUGCUGGUGAAGGAGGAGAGGCGCCACGCGGACGCGCAGCUGUGGUGCCAGGGCCGCGGGGGCGCGCUGGCCAUGCCCAAGGACGAGGCGGCCAACGCGCUGCUGGCCGCCUACAUCGCGCAGGCCGGCCUGGCCCGCGUCUUCAUCGGCAUCAACGACCUGGAGAGGGAGGGCUCGUUCGUGUACCAGGACCGCUCGCCCAUGCAGACCUUCGCCAAGUGGCGCAGCGGCGAGCCCAACAACGCGUACGACGAGGAGGACUGCGUGGAGAUGGUGGCCUCGGGCGGCUGGAACGACGUGGCCUGCCACGUCACCAUGCACUUCCUGUGCGAGUUCGACAAGGAGCACGUGUAGCGCGGGCCGCGCGGCGGGGCCCCGGGGCGUG